AUGAACCACUCUUGGGAUGUGACUUUGUUUAGUGAACGUAUUGCAGGCUGGCCAGCAAACUGUGGCAGAGGGUAUUUUCGGCCAAACGCUGCAGGGAGAAUUACAUCAGGCACUGAAGCAAAGCCACACUCCUGGCCUUGGCAAGUCUCGUUACAGCUAUGCACACACAGCCUUCGCCACAAUUUUUCAGUGACACGUAUAUCGAUGUCUUGGAAGAGGUUGCUGAUGAAUGAGACAUUCGUUCAGGUCUGUGGCGGGACCCUUAUUCACAAACACUGGGUUCUCACUGCAGCCCAUUGCUUCCAGAAGGGCGAGAUGGAAGUUGCGUCCGACUGGCGAAUCCUCCUAGGAAAGCAUGACCUUAGCCACAGUGAAUCCAGGCAGAGCGCGUACCGCGUGAAGCAAAUCCGCCCGCACGAGUGGCUCCGCGAAAACCGCUCAAACCGGCUGGACUACGAUACUGCCUUGGUCAAGCCUACGGAAGAUGUUAACAGCAAACCGCUCUGCCCGCUCUGCCCGCCUGCCCAAGGGAGGCUGCCCUCUUUACCCGGGACAGUCCUGCCGGGUAACUCGAGGGGGGGCACGACAGGCAUACGAGCGCUGCUGGUUUUCAAAGGUCAGACGGGGUCGGCAUUAUUUUCUCUUAAAUCCAAACACACAGAGAAGGAUUAUACCGCACAGCCUCUGCCUCCUGCACGUUUAGAUGAAGAAGCCAAACACCUGAAAUGCAGGUUCCCAGGACUGAGAAAAGGCAGUCGCGUGUGCUCAGGUUUCAAGGACAUAGGUGGUUACCCCCACUUGUUUUGGUUAGAGCCUUGCGGAAACUGA